AUGGUGAGGCUUUCCACCUUCGUGGCCAUUGCUGUGGCCCUGGGCUCUCUCGACCUUUGUGCCGCACACAGCCACGACGAGCACGGCGACCACGAUGGUCACGGCGACCACGGCGACCAUGGCGAUGACGACCAUGGUGCAGUCACAGCUGUCUAUGGAGGUGUCGGCGAGGCCAUCGGCGCGUCGAUCGUCACGAUGCUGCCGACGUUGCUGGGCAUCUUCAUGGUGCUGGGCACCUGCUCCAAGAAGGCAGGCACGUUCAAAGAAGUCUUCGAGGUGCCGAUCAAGAGUUUGGCCUCCGGCAUCGUGCUCGGCACAAGCGCCUUCAUCCUUCUGCCAGAGGCCUUGCAUUACAUCGGUGUUGGGGAGACAGAGAAGUCCGCCACAACAAAGUGGGGAAUCGCCGUGAUCUUCGGCUGGUUGUUCGGAGCAGUGGUUGACCACAUCACUUCUCUGGUUUUCCCCGCAAAAGAGUCGGAUGCAGUCUCGCCGGUGACGGCGGGCGAUGCAGUGGAGGAUGGUACCGAUCUGAAGGUGGAGCCAUCAAGGAGGAACCGCUUGGCUGUGGCAGGGCCUAUCCUGCUGGGCGAUGCCUUGCACAACGUGACUGAUGGUUUCGUGCUUGGCCUUGCUUUCAGGACAUGUGACAGGAGCGUUGCAUGGGGUCUUGUGGUCCCGUUGAUCUUGCACGAGUUGCCACAGGAAAUUGCAGACUUCAUCGUGUUGGUCACGGAAGCGAAGAUGCACUGGGCCAUCGCGGUGCUCUGCAACGUGCUGUCGGGUUGCACGGCCUUGAUCGGUGCCGUAAUUGGGUUUGAGGUUGACAUGAGCAGUGGAACCAAAGGCUGGUUCUUGGCUGCCGGCGGUGGCACCUUCCUGUACAUCGCGGUCACUGAGCUGGGACCUGCCGUUGCCCAUCUCCAUGAGCAUGGCUCGGCCAGCCACAAGAAGCUCAGCGUCAUGAUGUCCUUGAAGAGGCUGGUGCCUUUCAUCAUCGGGGUGGCCAUCAUGACCUGGGUGUACCAGGGCCACGAGCAUGCGACAUGCUCAGCUGACGGGCAGCUGUCAGACGACCACGGCCACGCGCACUGA